CUCAACCAACAACAGGAACACAAUUUUUGAAUAUUUCAAAAUUAUCAGUGAAAAUCUCGGCCUUCAAACUCAAACAUUGAGCAAAGUACAACGUCCGUCGCCCCCUUGGCUGUGGUCUCCGAAUAUCAACACUCAACUCACCAACUACUGCAAACACUCCACUGACAGCACUAUCAUCCGCAAUCUCUUCUCGGAAAUAAUGUCCCAACAAUACUCCAGCAGUACACACAUAUACACUGAUGCAUUCAAAAAUUCUAAUGGAUUGGGCUUUGCAACAAUCAUAGGUCAUGAAAAUCAUAAAUUCUCACUUCCUCCUAGCACCAAUAUCUACACAGCUGAAACUUAUGCCAUCUUUGAAGCACUGAAAAUCGCCUCCACCUCAAAUUCAGAUUCUUUCACCAUCAUAGGCGACUCUUUGAGUGCUUUAAUAUCUAUCUCAAAUCCAUACUCCAAGAAUGAACUAGUACAACACAUCCAAAAACUGAUAUCUAUCUCUAACAAAACUUUUUCUUUCAUGUGGGUCCCCUCUCACGUCGGCAUUUCUGGCAAUGAAAGAGCGGAUAAAUCCGCAAAUGAAGCCACACUUCCUCAUAAUGCCUUAAAAAUAAACCUAACUUCAUCCUCAGAGUUGCUCGACAUCAUUAACACCAAAAUCUCCGACACAUGGCAAACAAAAUGGACCAGCGUCCCUCUUUCAAAUAAACUGAGAAAUAUCAAGCCUUCUUUAAAAAAAUGGAAUUUUCCCUGUAACCUCAAAAGAAGGGAUGAGGUCAUUAUAACCCAUGCCAGAAUAGGCCACACUCAUCUCACCCACUCAUUCCUCAUCACCAAGGAACCCGCUCCAAUAUGUGAUGCAUGCAACGUGGACCUGUCAAUCGAACACAUUGUCACCAGUUAUUUUAUACAUUUAAACAAUAAGUUGUAA